CGUCAGUGCUUAAAGAUAACACAACACCGGAUCAAAGUACAGUGUUUACAAAAACAAGGAAGUGUUUGCACACACGCAUUGAAGAUGGCUGGCAUGUCGAACGCAACUCGUGUGGCAAUAAUGAAAAGUUUGUCAUCAAGACGUUUGUGCACAUCGGAUUACUGGGAAUAUGCAGUUUCGAUGUCAUGGCUGGAGUCAUGGGACAUCUGUAUCUCACAAAGUUUCUCGUUAGAACAUGACAAAGACGUGAUAGGUAAAGUUAUAUCCAAACCAGUAACAAUGUCCAAGGACGAUGAAAAAAAUGUAUAUAUACCAGAAAGUCAAUGGGAGAUUUAUCUGGCACUUUUUGGAAUUGCUGAUGAUCAUGAGCGACGUAGACGUCCUAUCUAUAGCUUAUAUGCGUGUAUCGAUCCUGAUAGAAACCCGUAUACUGAUAACGUGAUGACAGAUAAAGAAUUAGAUUUUCUUCAAAUCUUAGUUACUGGUGUAAAUGACAUUACAGCUGUAAACGAAAUCAAAAAGCAGAUUUCGGUUUUUGCUUGGGAUAGUUUGAUGUACAUUGGAAAACAAGCUAAAUCACUGUUAGGAGUUAAAGCCAAUAUGAAGGUACGAUUAUGGUUGUACAUAUUCCCGAAAGAUCGAGACGCUGUCAUUGAGCCGAUAAUGGAGGAAAAACAAACAUUGCUUUGCAAACUGACAGAAAUAAUGCCACCCAUCAAAAACAUAUUGAAGAAACGGAGUAAUCAGAUGAACGAUAAAUACAUCGUCAGCGAUAUGAAAGCGAAGAUUGAGAGGAGAAAACCUCUGAUGGAGGAUCUUUUAGAAUAUUUCCAUGUACCGUCGGCUUUCAUUGCCAUUGCUAUUGAACAAUUAGGACCAAAAAUAUAUCAUCCCUCCUUGGAAAAAGUAACAAAUGCAGGAGAUCUUGAAACAAACUCGCUUGAAAGCAUCGUUACAAUUUCGUCUAUUCAAAAUGAAUGGGAAGAUGUACUAACAUCUUUUGUAGAGAAGUAUACUGACGAUAUGUUGGGAAAUACUGAAGCUCUGAAGCAAAAACUUGUUGACUCUGCUAAAUGUAUUGUUGGUGAAAAAAUGAGAGAAAUUAGCGAAAUCCGAAGUGACCUCGAGAAAAGAUUUUUUCUCAUAGAAGAAAGAGAAAAUGUCGUAAGGGAAAAGGAAAAUGAUAUAAAUGAAACUGAAAUGAGUAUCGCUGAAAAGUUAUCGCAAAUUAAACAAGAAUAUGCUGUUUUACAACAGGAGAAAACGAAAUUGUCUGAUGAAAUCGAGAGAAUGGAAUUUCAAAACAAAUUAUCUGAAACAAGAGUGACACUAAACGUUGGCGGGAUCAUGUAUGCAACUUCGACAGAAACAUUAACAAAGAAAAAGGGAUCACUUCUAGCGAUGAUGUUUGGAGGUCGACAUGCACUGAAAAUGGAAAGGGAUGGAACCUAUUUUAUUGAUAGAGAUGGUGUUAACUUCAGAUAUAUUUUAAACUAUCUCAGAGAUGGCGCAGAUUCAGUAGAGGCGUUGCCCAAGGAACAAAAGCUUAUCAAGGAACUGAAGAUCGAAGCAAAAUAUUAUAGUCUGGUCGAAUUGGAAAAUUUAUUAGAAAACCUUUUGUAAGAGAGAGAGACCGAAUUCCAAAAAAUGUACAUUUGGAGACCUAUUAAAUAAAAUGUAUUGAUGUGACCAUUCGAAACUUAAAAUAUGUUUGAUGUCUGAGUAACUGUGGAGAACGUUGAAUAAUAUUAUUAAAAGUUUGAAAUGCG